AAGCAGCAGUUUGUUCAUUUGUAAACAUCGAGAAAUGUGUUGUUGACAAAUUGUGGCAUGACAGUGGGCGGUGUUAUUAGUACCAGCAUAUUUAUUUCAGAAUACAUGCUGAGCAUUCUGAAUCAACAGACAUGUUCCAAAAGCUUGUUGACCACAGCACUCGAAGAUUUACAUGGUACUGUGAAUCAGUACGCCGGAAUUACAACUUAUAUUGGUUCUUAGCUGCACUACGUAUACUGCUGACAAUACUUCCACAAUUUGGCUAUAUUCAUCCGGAUGAGUUUUUCCAGUCGAUAGAAGUCAUGGCAGGUGAUGUUUUUAAUACUGAUGUUUCUAGGCCUUGGGAGUUUAAUACAACAUUCCCAAUUAGAAGUGUUGUGCUGCCAUAUGUUUGUGUAGGACUGCCAUUAAAAUUCUUGAAGUUUGUUGCACCUUUUGCAAAGUAUUGGACUGGUACUGAAGUGCAGACUCCAUAUACAUUGUUAGUUCUACCUCGUUUAACUUGUUGUGCCUUGUCAUUUAUUACUGAUUAUUGUUUAUAUCACAUCUGCAAAUGUUAUGGUCAAAAUUAUAGAGUGAGACUCAUUGUACAUGCAAGUUCUUUUGUUAUCCUAGUCUUUGGAACAAGAACGUUCUCGAAUAUGAUGGAAAUGGUUUUGAUGUCUGUUCUUUUAUGUUUAGUUGUUGACUGUAUGUCAUUUUCAGAGCAGGUCAUUCAUCGUGAUGAAUAUCUCAGAGAAAAAUACAACAAGGCUGAUUCACCAGUAACCAGGACAAAACUCUAUAAAUUGAUAAACUCCUUACCAAGUCAUUCUUUUAGUUGUUGUUUUGCUGUUGCGACAGUGGUUGUUAUAGGAGUAUUUAAUCGACCAACAUUUAUUGCAUUUGCCAUUGCGCCUGUUUUCUUUUGGCUUCAUAGAGGUCUUGGAUCAAAAAGUGUUGGUUUUGUACAAUUUCAUCUCCGUAUGCUUGUCUUUAUUUUAUCUUGCAUACCCGGGAUUAUUUUUUACAUAAUAAUUGAUUCAUAUUACUAUGGAUAUUUGACAAAUAGUGAAAUUCAGGAAUUUAAAGUUAGUUUGAAUAAUUUUGUUGUAACUCCUUUGAAUUUCUUACGAUAUAAUACAGUUUUUACAAACUUAUCCAAACAUGGAUUACACCCCCGAUAUCUUCAUGUGUUGGUCAAUGUUCCACUGCUGUAUAAUGUUUUGGGGGUCAUCGGAAUGAUCACAGUCAUAAAAAUGAUAUACAAGGCUCUAAUUCUCAAGCAGUGGACUGAUUUACCAAGAAUACAAAGUGUUGUCAGUCUUAUGACAGCCUCUUUCAUCACACCAGUAGCUGCAUUAUCGGUUUUCCCCCAUCAGGAACCAAGGUUUCUAAUACCCGUUACACUUCCUGUAGUGUUUCUACACUCACAAUGUAUAUAUCAAACUUCUGGUACAGUGCAGCCGUAUCAUCAUGUGCAGAGAAAACCAACUGGUGCUAAUUCGAAAAUGAAUUUUUUGCUAUCAUUAUGGUGCUUCAGUAACUUAAUAUUGACUGUAUUUUUUGGUUUUCUUCACCAGGGUGGAAUUUUUCCAUUGUUAAAACAUUUCUCAGCAGAACUACAGUCUAAACCACAAUUCACUUCAAUUCAUCUUGUAACUAGUCACAUGUAUUCUUUGCCAAUAUCUCUGUUGCAGUUGCAUAAUCCCCACCAUACAUAUUAUAACAGGACUGUUGGCUUAAAGUACCGCAAAGCGAAACAGUUUUUUUCCUAUGAGAUGGGGUCCGUCCCUUUAGAGGAAGUGUACUUAAAAAUUAAUGAACUGCUAGAAGAAUGUGAGAGACGAUUUCAUUUUAAAAAGCUUGAUUAUCGUUUAUAUUUGGCUAUGCCGGCUACCCUCAGUGAAGAAUUCUACUCACUCACAUACAACAAAAGCUCACCAUUGUCAUUUAUUAUUGAAGAUGUUUUUUAUCCACAUCUUUCAACAGAAGCAUUACCAGAUGUUUUCUCUUUGACAGAGUGUUCAUAUGACGAUGAACUAAUAGGAUUUUGUUAUAGUGAACGCUUUUAUACAUCUCCUGUUAAGUACAUAUUAAAAUUUUUGCAACAAUUUGGGCUUAUUCUAGUAAGAAUUGACAAAAUGAAACACUUAGCAUAUUAAAGACUUGGAGAGAGGGUGUGUAAUAAUGUGAAUAAUUCAUUUAACUUUCAUUUCUGUGAUAUUUUGUAGACAAAUAUGAGUUCCUAUUUUAUAUUUUUUGAGUGAAUGAGCUGUAUAUAUUUGUAGGCCUGUGAAUUGUAUAAUAUGUACAUUUGCACCGAGUACAUAAAGAAUGGAUGAAAUUAGGAAGUUUGUGCUUUAUUUGCCUCCACAUGUUUCAUAAUAAAGCAUUGAAGCAUAAUUAUCAGAAACUUGUUAUUGCUUCAUUCCAAAUGUGAGUGUGAGAUCUUUUAUUGUAAAUAAACUCAAUUACAAAGUC